AAACCAUAGGAAAGUUACCAACAAGCAAGACUCUGGGCAUCAACAGUGAUGAGCAUUCCCGCGUUUCUGCAUCGUGGACUGCAGUUAAAGAGUCUGAGAUUCGGCACUUCUACAAUAAAUUCUACGCAACGUCAAACCCCUACACCGUCUUUGUAGACCUGAGAAAAGAAGCUUGUCCUCUAGAUAUGUUUCCUCGUCGGCUGCUAGGGUACAUUAAGAUGUCCAUAAACCAUUGUCAAGACUUGGGUGAUGCUACAGCAGCAGCAGCAACUACAGUGAACACCUGGACUUUUGACCUGAUGUCGUUCAUGACAGAAUUCUUGACAUCUGUCGCACAACCCGCUGCAACAGAACGUAUGGAAAGUUCGUUUGCUUUAUUCUUUGACGAAUCUGGAGAAGACCAUUUCCUUCUACCGAGCAGAAAGGGAACCAAAAAGCUGACGUUUGAGAUUAGCCUGCCGCUAAUAAAUUGCAAUGAUUCUGAUCAGGUGACCAACCUGGCAGCAAAGACCAAUGACAAAGAUGUGGUAGUGAUCGCUACUGCACAAUGUAUUUACGAACUGUUGCUAGCGACUUCAAAACUGCAUCUUCCACCGACUCGCUUCCGUUGGCUGCUGUACGCAACUGAUGCUAGCGACACUUUCAGUUGGAGCGGAGUGGGUCGUUUCUUUGAUUCCAUUUCUCCAAUUCUUCUCACAGAACGAGGAGUGCCAGAGAAUCGUCCAGUUUUCUCAUGUUCAAAACUCUUGGAUUUCACAACCGAGGCAGCAGCGAGCUUCUUGUUGGAUGUACAGAACAACACAACCAAUCAUGAUUGUGCUCUUGACUGCACAUCAGAUUGCUCCUCAUGUCAGCGACUUUUCAAAGACCACUUAGACACG